UACAUUCAGAGUCAGCUUUUCUGUGAGAAAAACAUGGCAACUUCAACCCCACAGCCACAGCCUAGUGGCUCCUCCAAUAGCACACAGGAGUAUGUGGUCCGAGUCCCAAAAGAUCGACAAAAGCAGUACAGAAUGAUGAAAUUUUCAUCAGGGGCAAAUAUAGACUUUGCCAAGCUUGCUCAGGAGCAAACACCAGUGAGGAUGGAGAGAGAAAACAACCUGAAGGAAUAUAAGACUGCCCAUGGCAUUGAUAUGAUGCCAAAGUUUGGGGCGGGGAGUGAAUUUGGCCGUGAACAAAAAGAGACAGCCAGACGAAAAAAAUAUGGCAUAAUGAUGAAGAGAUAUGUUCCAAACAACCAACCCUGGUUAAUGAAAGUGGGAAAAGCAAAAGAAGCUAAAAAAUUCAAAGGUGUACGAGAAGGGACAAUAGCAGAGAACACAUCCUACUAUAUAUUUACACAGUGUCCAGACGGAGCCUUCGAGGCUUUCCCGAUAGAGGAGUGGUACAACUUCUCACCGAUGGUCCAGUACAAGUACCUCAACUCUGAGGAGGCUGAGGAGGAGUUCACCAGGAGGGACAAAACUUUGAAUUAUUUUUCCAUCAUGGUACGGAAAAGAAUUAAAAAUGAAGAGGAUGCUGACAACGCAAAAUUGGACGAAGAAGAGAAAGUAAAGGAAAAAUCACAGAAAAAGAAGAAACAAGGAUUUCUACUGACAGAUGAUAUGGAUGAUGAAGAAGAAGAGUCUGAUGAUGGCUAUGAUGAUGAAGAUGAAAACAAGGGGAGUGAAGAUAAAAAACCUAAAAAGAAAACAAAGAGGGGUGCAAAACCGAAGAAGACUGCUAAACAUAAUUCAGAUGAUGAGGCUGUGGAGGAGAGUGAUGAGGGAGACUUUGAUGACCGGGAGCUUGACUACAUUACAGACUCGGACAGUAGUCUGUCGGAGACUGGUGAUCGUGAGAAAAGCGACCACUACCAGGAAAAGGGAGUGGACGAGGAAAGAGGGUUGAAGAAACUCUUAGACUCUGAUGAGAGCAGUGAAGAUGAAGAGGAAAAGAAAAAACAAGAAGAAAAAGAAAAAGAAGAGGCGGCAAAGAAGGAAAAGAAAAAGAAAGAUGGAUCUGACAGUGACAGUAGCAGCUCCAGCUCCGACAGUGAUUCAGACAUUGAGAAGGAUGAGAAGAUAUCAUCAGCUAUAUUUAUGCAGAAAAAAGAAAAGCGUGUCUCUCCAGUCCCUCGUGCUGCAACACCUUCAUCAGCAGAAACUGAGGAUAAAAACUCACUGAAGAGGAAGCUGGAGACUGAGGCACAGGUUUCAAAGAAGAUGAGAACAGAUAGUCCAAGUUUAGGUGCCCAUGGGUCAUCAAGUGGUGGUAUCACAGAGGAAUCAAUCAGGAGAUACCUGAUGAGGAAACCAAUGACUACCAAAGAACUCCUACACAAAUUUAAAUCCAAACGUGUCAACAUGACCAAGGAUGCCAUGAUGAGUGCCAUAGCAACCCUCCUGAAAAAGAUCAGCCCGAAAAAGGAGAUGGUCAAAAAUGUUAUGUACUUGUCACUGAAAAAAGAUGGAUGAUCAUCAUUGGAAGUAAGAUGGAAUAAUUCUUAUUGAAUCAGGUCAGCAGCCCGUGGGUGCUUGACUUAUGUGUAUGUGUCCAGUAGUUAUCUCCUCAAAUACCAGAUAACUGGCCAUCUCACAAGGUGUUAAUACAGGCAUGCAACACCAACCAAUGAGAAACUGGAUAACAAAAUUAAUAUACAGUACUACCGAUUUGGUAGUCAACCAAUGAGAGAGGAAGUAACAGAUGUUGAAAGGAACUAGAAUUGACUUAUAUCAGCUGCAAUGUAACUGUGUGUACUCUAAUUUCUGAUGUGUUGGAUUUGUUAAAAAAGGAUUUUGCUUGGCUAAAGCAAACCUCAAUUUUAAUUCGGUAUUUAUCAUUAGUCAAUCAAUAAAACAGAGAUCAUUAUUUUUCAUAAUACAUGUAGAUAAACUUUUGCAAAGUUCAGAAUCUGUAUAACAAUUGUUUUGUUGAGAGUCAUUAUUUCAUUCUGGCUCAAGACAACGCUUCCAAACGCAUCUUGUUAGCGAGAUAAGAUGUUUUAUGCCAAUUCUUUUUUCUAAACCCUUUCAUCCCUAUGCAACUUUAGUAGACUCUUCCAUGCAUUGAUCUUGAUAAGUCCAAUAUGGUCUACAGUGGUGAAAGGGUUAAAUAAUGCUCGAGUUGCCAAAAUUAAGUGCUAAAUGAUAUGUACAGUGAUCGGUGGUCCUAGGCCAAUCUCAUGCUUUGUAAAAGUUAGCAAGGCAAUUGGCUCAUACCAUCCUAGGCAUGUGUUCUGGAAAAGAAGAUGGAUCACACAGCUGGUCUGGUGGUGCAGAGAAAUAAAAGAGUCAUUUAUGAUCA